UGAAGGAGGAACCGGGAAGGCACAGUGUCACAGUGCCUUGGUUACUUCAACAACCCGCAGCCUGUCUCCUUUCAGCUGCAACAGAAUGCCUCCACGUCGUGUCAUGCAUUUUUCAGUGAAACUUUGGCCUCUGCUUUAGUUCCAAAAUAAAUAAAAAAAAAUGUAAUUUUUUUUAAUGAAGGUAAAAAGAGGACGUGGAUCAGCUCCCGGGGAGGUUCAACAUGCUGGAGAGCGGCUGCGCUCCGGGGGGACAAAGCCAGGAGGCCGUGAAGCCGCAGGAGGAGAGGAGGUGGUACAGCGCCUCGCGCCGCCAAGUCCUCUUCCUCAUCCUGGUGUCCAUCGUGGUUUUCUUCUUCUUCAACAUCAACAUUCCCGACUGGGACCCGACAAAGUGGUGGUUCUCACCCAGUAGUCAGAGACAAAGCGCCGUCUCCACCAACGCCAGCGGUUACGGCACCACAGCUACCGGACCUGAUCCUACCGAGUUUACGACAGAGUUUACGACCAAGUUUACGACAGAGUUUGGCCCGGCUGCCAUUCCUCAAAAUAGGACGGACGUGGCGCCGGACGUGGCCACGGACGUGGCACCCGAGGUGGCGACUCGGCCGGUGACUCCAAGCGAGGGCGAGAAGCCGACGGCCCCCCCUUACAAGUCUCCAGGCCCCUACCUGGUGGAAUACCCCGCCGAGUAUCACUUCCUCAUCAACGAGCCGGAGGCGUGCGUGCGGCAAAAGACUUUCGUGGUUCUGGUGGUCCCCGUGGCGCCCGGCAACAGGGCCCACCGCGACGUCAUCCGCGGCACCUGGGGCAGCGACCGCUCGGCGUCCGGCCAGCCGGUGACGCUGGUGUUCCUGACGGGGCUCCCCGGCGGGGAGGGGGCGGCGCAGAUCCAGGAGCGGCUGCUGGAGGAGAGCCGCCAGCACCGCGACCUGAUCCAGAGCGACUUCCUGGACUGCUACAAGAACCUCACCAUCAAGACCAUGGUGAUGAUGGAGUGGCUGGACUCGCACUGCUCCAGCGCCUCGUACGCCAUGAAGAUCGACUCGGACAUGUUUCUGAACGUGCAAAAGCUCGUGGACACGCUGCUGGACGCCCCGAAGAAGAGCUACAUGACGGGCCUCGUGACGAGCUACGGCAUGGUCCUGAGGGACCGGACCUCGAAGUGGUUCCUCCCCGUGGAGAUUUACUCUUCGUUUUUUUACCCCACCUACGCUUUGGGCCUGGGCUACAUCGUAUCUCUGGACCUCCCCAAGAAGCUGGUGGAGGCCUCCAGACACGUGAAGGCCGUGUACAUCGAGGACGUGUUUCUGGGGAUGUGCAUGAAGUUCUUGGGGAUCCCCUACACCAACCCACCGAGGGCGGACUACUUUCACGUGUUCCCUCGGGAGUACAGUCGCUGUGCUUAUUCGCAGAUAAUCGCCACGACGACACAGCCCAACGUUGACCUUGUGAGUAUUUGGAAAGACUUCAAGAGGCCGGGUCCGCCCUGCUGAUCCGCAGAGAUAACAAAGACUAAAGGAGCGCCACAUUUAUUAUUGAUCUAAGAAUAAAUCUACUACUAUUAAAUAAUUAAUUUGAUUUGUUUUUUUAUUUCAUUCAUAACUAUUUUACUCUAAAUAUAACUUUAUCAAAAGUAUCUUAAAAUAGUGACACAAUGUCUCAAAAUAAUGAGUAAAAAUGUUUAGAUACUUUUACGUUACAUUAAGCGGACGCAUUAUAACCCCUGUGUUACAUUCUGCCUGGGGAGCAAUUAGGGGUCAGGGGUCAGGGACACUUCAGCACAUGGGGCAGUCGGGAUUCAAACUGGCAACCUUACGCCUCCCUUUUUUUUGUACACGUAUAUGUACUAUUUUUGAUAAACAAUUGGUCAAUAUUUAAAACUAAUUACAGGAUAUUCUUUUAUUCAUCAGAGUGACGGAAAUGAGCUAAACGCUAUAAUUCAGGCGUCCUAUGUUACCUUUUGAGUUGUUUGUGUCAUCAGUAAAAACAACAUGGAGGAACUCCUCGAGGGUCACAUGACUUCACGUCUCUACCACUAAGCUAAAAGUCAGAGGUCUCAUUUGGACGGUUUUUAAGUAGAAGCUUCCGGGUGAGCAGCUCGUCUUGGACCGUGUGGAGGAGUCCUCUCACACCUGAGACCUCCGUUCAUCUCCUCCCCAGCAGGUUCUUAGGGAUCUCGGUGUGUCGUUCAGUAUAUUGAAACCAAUUCCAAUGUAUUAUUCAUGAAUGGACCGACAACAGGGUGCAGCUAACAAAGGAAGAAAGAAAACGUUAUGGCUUUGUCUUCAUGCUGUUCAGUCACCGGUUUUGAGGGUGAAAUGACACUUCACAGUGUGAACUUUGAAUCAAGGAAACAAACAACCGGGGGGGACCGAAGGAGGAUGUCUGGUGGCAGACGUUUGACCUUCAGCUUCAGCUACAAGUCCAUCUGUGGAGGAAAGAAAGAAGGAAAAAGUUCUGCUCUCAAAACAAAAGAACGCGCCCUUGAAGGAAGAUAAGCGCCACAAAAAUGUGUCAUUGCUUACAAAAGGGUCGAGGAACCGGAGAAACCGGAGUAGCAGCAACGCCCGUCCUCAACCCCCCCCCCCCCACCACACUUCCUAACUUCCUCAAAGAGAAAAGGCUUUAGAAAGUUGUAAGGAACGAGGAAAAGUGUCACCCUGUUAUGUGAGGAACCUGAUGCCCCGCGUGGUCCCACCACCUACAAACACUGUACUCACAACCAGAGAGAGUGCACGGCUCGUUUAUUUGUUUAAAACAUUGCAGAGCUGUGGUUUUCCCAGUCAGGGGAACCUGCCGGAGUUUAUCGCGGCCGAGACGUGUUGAGACGCGCCCCAACGGGUCUUAUUUACAGGAGGGAAUGCAGGUGGUUGCGUUGGUUUUGACUCCCAUAUGUCAAUGAAACGAAAUGAACUUCAUAAUGGAUCUAAUUUCUGUCCUGUAGACUCAUGAGCUGCUGAUAACAGACUUCUACUGAUUUUAUAUUUACUUAAUGGUUAAAUUAAAGGGUUAUAUCAUCCCCACUCAUGCAGUGUGCAUUUUUAAACACGUGCAGCCGAAUUUUGAGGCGUUACUGAAUGAAUGCUAAUUGGGUCUAAUAAUUCUAUAAUUAUGCUGCUCAUAAAGAUGUUUGUGUUUUACUUUCAUCACUGUUGGUGUAACGGUUGGUGGUCUAAAAGGAUGAGGAAAAAAUAUAAAGCACUUUUUUACUAAGAUGGAGAAAUAAUUUAUCUCUUUGUGACGGGUGUUUGAUUUUGAUGUAGAGAAAUGAAUUGUUUUACUAACGAUGUAACAGGGAAAAGCUGCGUCUCACACAGGGAGCUUUUAUUAAACUCUUGUUGCUGUGCAGGGACACAAAACAUGUGACAGUGACUUUUGGUUUGUUGGCGCGUUGUGGACUAAACAUAAUAUAAAUAAAAAUGUAUUUCUUUCA